AUGUCGAACCCGAAUCAGCCCUACGAUUCCCGUCGGGCGACCACCUACGGCCGUCAACCAGAGGAGCUUCACAUCCCCACGGGGGCCGCGAACCUGCAGCGACAGUCCAUGUCUCACGAAUUUGCCGCCUCUGCGGAUAACCAUGUCCCUUCAAUCAACGUCCAUCCGUCCAGCUCGCAGCCGAAUCAGUUUGGCAACAGCAAUGCGGGCGGAGCUCUCCCUGGAGCGCUGCAACCCGGGAAUGCGAAUCGACCCCCAGCUGUCUCGGUGAACACCGCCCCAUCGGUACUUCCGACUCUGCCUCAGCUAUCCACACAAAUGGCGCAACAACAGCAAUCGGCGCAACAAUCACAGCCUCCGCAACAGCCUCCGACGACCCCGCGUUCCGCCAUGGCCAACGCUCACGGACACUCUCGGUCCAGCCCCGCGGGGUUCGAGCCUCCAAAGUUCAAGCCCGGUGCAUCGGAGACCACGAGAUACGGAGCCUCGCCUGGUGCAGGGUUCCAACCGCAUACUCCACAGGGCGCAAAGUACUCCCCUUUGGGGCUAGCCGAUAUUCGGCCUUCGGGUGACCUCCUGGGCGACGCCAUGAUGAAUCCUGGGCUGCCGCAACCCAAUGGGGACAACCCGGUACCGACUAACAGCAAUUACAUCGCUCCGUGGCCCAUUUAUGCGAUUCACAUCAUUGACACCAACUGGACGCAACCGGACCCCGACACGCCCGAUGCGGUUGCUGGGGAUAUCAAGCUGGACUUUGUGAAGUGCGCCGAAGCCAACCAUUCGUAUCCGGUCACGCGAAUCGUGUGGGAGCCGCCAUCGAGCCAAAAAGCAUCUACCGAUCUCCUGGCGACGUCGGGCGACCAUUUGCGCCUCUGGUCCCUGCCGGCACAAUCCGCUCUGUCGGCUUCCAACUCAAUCACGCGACCGACGAACCAGAGAGAGGCGCCGACGCCGAAACUGGCUCCGCUGGCCUUGCUCUCGAAUUCCAAAUCCCCGGAACAUACGGCGCCCAUCACGUCUCUUGACUGGAACACCAUUUCACCCAGUCUGAUCAUCACGUCCAGCAUCGACACCACCUGUACAAUUUGGGAUAUUCCGACCCUGACGGCAAAAACGCAGUUGAUUGCCCACGACAAGGAAGUAUAUGAUGUCCGAUUCUGCGCCAACAGCGUCGAUGUCUUUGUCAGUUGCGGUGCCGACGGCAGUGUGCGCAUGUUUGACCUUCGGAGUCUGGAACAUAGCACGAUCAUCUACGAACCUACGGAAAAGAAUGAGAAACUGUCAAUUGCAGUGAUGAGCCCGGGAAAUGGCAGUCCUUCAGCCCCAUCAACGGCAUGGCCUCCGCCAUUGUUGCGGAUCGCAGCCUCGCCACAUGACGCCCAUCUCCUGGCCACGUUCUCUCAAGACUCCAACAUCGUCCGUGUGCUCGACGUUCGACAGCCUGGACAGGCCCUUCUGGAGCUAAAAGGCCACUCCUCCUCGAUCAACUGCGUCGAAUGGUCGCCCAACCGUCGUGGUGUUCUCGCAUCCGGCGCGGACGACUGUUUUGUCCUGCUCUGGGACCUGAUCAACCAGCACAACGCCGUGCCCGUGCCACCGGUGGUUCACAACCCCGGAGCCCCGUCCACCACCUCCGAGCGCGGUCCCGCAGCCGCCUGGCAGAAUGACUACGAGGUGUCGAACAUCAGCUGGUCGCCUCAAGGUGGCUCUACUGCCUCUGGACACCCGCGGGACUGGCUGGGCGUGUGCGGUGGACGCGGCAUCUGGGGAGUUGCAUUAUGA